AACUGGACCUCAAAGACAGCGAGACUCAUCAAAACAAGUCACUAUAACCUCGAACUGCAUCCCACGACGCGCAUCUCCCGGUCGGCAUCACUUAGCGCCACCUCAUGCGACACAAUCAAAGGCGACACUUGCUAGGAUCGGGCUGUCCAAAGCUGGGUCUUGACUUUCCAUCUCCGUCACCUGUGGCUCCAUAGUACCACGUCGCACUGGUCCAGAUGGGUGUCAUUCGGAAGAAGACAGCGACCAGAGGAGGUGAAGGAGGAGUCAAGUAUGUCUGCGACGUGUGUUCGGCAGACAUUACGUCAACAGUCCGGAUAAGAUGCGCGCAUCCAGAUUGCAAGGAGUUUGACCUUUGCGUUCAAUGCUUCUCAAGCGGAGCCUCGAGUGCUUCCCAUCAACCAACAACACAUCCCUACAAAGUGAUUGAGCAGAACUCUAUACCGAUUUUCGACUCGGAUUGGGGAGCCGACGAGGAGCUCCUUCUGAUAGAGGGAUGCGAAAUAUAUGGGCUUGGAUCUUGGGCUGAUAUUGCCGAUCAUAUCGGUGGUUAUCGCACCAAAGACGAGGUCAGAGACCACUACAUCAAGGCCUACGUAGAAUCGCCAUGCUUUCCGCUGCCGAAACGGUGCCGUCCUACCGAUGUGGAGCUCUCCCAGGAGGUCUCGCGGGAAGAGUUCCAAGCACGGAAGAAGAGGAGGAUCGAAGAACGACGCGAUGCACAAAAGAACGCAGCGCCGAUGCCCCCCAAGACCAAACCAACGGCUAGUGUCCCAUCAUGUCACGAAAUCCAAGGCUACAUGCCAGGUCGUUUGGAAUUCGAGACUGAGUAUGCCAACGAGGCUGAAGAGGCUGUCCAGCUUAUGCAGUUCGAUCCUGGCGAUGGCAUCAAUCCAAGAACCGGCGAGCUCGAGCCGGAGAUGGAACUCAAGUUGACCGUCAUGGAUAUCUACAACGCUCGUUUGACGCAGCGUGUAGAGCGCAAGAAGGUCAUAUUCGAGCAUAACCUUCUCGAUUACCGUGUCAAUAGUAAAAUCGAGAAGAACAGGACCAAGGAGGAACGUGAUGUCCUGAACAAGGCAAAACCUUUUGCUAGGAUGAUGAACCACGAUGAUUUUGAAUCAUUGUCUCAGGGAUUGCUCGACGAACUCAACCUCCGCCAAGCUAUUACUCAGCUACAGGAAUGGAGGAACCUUAGAAUUGGUGAUCUCCGUAGUGGAGAGAAGUACGAGAAUGAUAAGGCUGCGCGGAUACAAAAGUCAAUACCAAUGGGCUCAAUGGAUCGAGAGCGCCUAGCCACUCAACAGCGCUCGAAACAGAGCACCCAACCAGAACCUCCUAGUGGGGCUGCUUUGCUUGUUGCGCCUGAACUGCCUAUACGCAUGGCCAACAACAGCCAAAACACUACUAAUGGAGAAGCUAAAGCGCUAGCCAAUGGCCAUAUCGAUGGUGCCACGAAUGGUGACGCAGCCAAUGGCACUUCAACACCUGCAAAGCAGCGCUUCGUAUCGCAGCCGAUUUCGGGCGUUACGCCCCUGAACUUGUCACAAGACAACGCGCCGGACAUUCAUCUGCUUACGCCAGAGGAGGUUGAGCUUUGCAAAGUAUCUCGCCUCCAGCCAAAGCCAUAUUUAAUGAUCAAGGAGCAAGUUCUCAAAGAGGCGUUGAAGGGCAAUGGCACACUCAAAAAGAAGCAGGUGAAGGAGAUCUGCAGGCUAGAUGGCCAGAAGGGUGGAAGAAUAUUUGAUUUCUUUAUUAACUCUGGCUGGAUUGGCAAAGCUUAGAGAGCUUGACUCAUGGGAUUGACGCAGCGAAUAUACCAACUUGAAUGAAUAAAGAUAAUAUGUACCACAAACAUCGGACGUCA